AGCUGAUGUGUCUAAUCCUUCACAAAAAAACUUUUAUUUCCAGGUUUUAUGCAUUUGUUUCUACAAUGUUCUAUGUGUUUGUUCUGUGUACGGCAACUUCUUGGUAAUUCUAGUAAUUCUGUACUUUCGACGGCUUCGAACUGCCACGAACAUUUUGAUUUUCAAUUUGGCAAUAGCCGAUCUUCUAAUUGCCGUCUUUUGCAUUCCGUUUUCCUAUUGGCAAGUACUGAUAUUCGACGAUCAGCGAUGGGUGUUCGGUUCGGCAAUGUGUAGCCUUCUAUCGUUUUUUCAAGGAAUCGCCGUAUUCCUUAGUUCCUGGACGCUGGUUGUAAUCAGCUUCGAUCGCUGGAUGGCAAUCAUGUUUGUGCUGUCACCGAGUAUGCGCCUUACCCGGAGGCGAGCUGUCUAUCUUGUGCUGGCAACAUGGGCUUUCAGUAUAACUAUGGCACUGCCGCUUUUUCUGGUUUCAAAAAUACAUACAACUGAUGGCAUAAAACGAUGUGAUGAGGACUGGUCUACUGUAGAUACUUUUAUAUCAGGAUCACGUCGCCUUUACUCCUACCUGAUCCUUGUGCUGCAGUAUGUGGUUCCCUUAACAGUGUUGAUUAUUACAUACACUUUUAUCGGGAUGAAAAUGUGGAACAGCCGUAUUCCUGGACCAACCAGCUCUACGAAAAAAGUAGUGAUGGAAAGACAGGAAAGUGUAAAAAAGCUGAUCCCUAUGGUGAUUCUUAUUUCGGCAAUGUUCGCUUUUUGUUGGUUACCUUUGCUACUUCUGAUCAACGUAGUCAUCGAUCUCUGGCCUAGCGUUGCUAGUUGGAAAUUUAUACUCUACAUGUGGUGGUUCUCCCACGGCUUAGCGAUGAUGCAUUCGAUGGUGAACCCAAUUGUGUACUUCCUUCGAAACGCUCGCUUCCGCGAGGGAUUCUGCUAUUUCUCACGAUUUCUUCCGUUCGUUCACUUUUCCGGAUUCAAGUUGCUCACUGACCAGAACAGAAGGUUUGCUUUCACUCUGUACUUGAGCAGCUGCUUGCGUUUAUUUGCUCUUCCGAAAUUUCGGUUGCUCGGAUGA